UAACAGGCUAAAAAACUGAAUGUGAUUUCCAGAAGAUGGCGACCGCUCUGGUGGUGUCAACUUCAGUUCCUGCAAAACCUGAAAAAGAAAAAUGCGAAACAACCAUUUCAAAUGUUGCAAGUCCUGAAUCAUACAUCAAGCAUCCAUUACAAAACAGGUGGGCUCUUUGGUUUUUCAAGAAUGACAAAAGCAAAACAUGGCAGGCCAACCUUCGUCUCAUCUCCAAAUUUGACACUGUAGAAGACUUCUGGGCAUUAUACAAUCACAUUCAACUAUCAAGUAACUUGAUGUCUGGCUGUGACUACUCGCUGUUUAAGGAUGGGAUUGAGCCCAUGUGGGAGGAUGAGCGGAAUCGACGAGGUGGCCGCUGGCUGAUAACACUGUCCAAGCAGCAGCGCAGAUCAGACCUGGAUCGGUUCUGGUUGGAGACGCUCUUGUGUCUUGUGGGUGAAGCUUUUGAUGACCACAGUGAUGAUGUGUGUGGAGCAGUCAUUAACGUCCGAGCCAAAGGAGAUAAAAUAGCAGUAUGGACCACAGACUACGAAAACAAAGAGGCCAUCACACACAUAGGGCGUGUGUAUAAAGAGAGAUUAGGCGUUCCACCAAAAGUGAUCAUCGGAUACCAGUCACAUGCAGACACGGCCACAAAGAGUGGUUCCACAACCAAGAACAAGUUUGUUGCCUGAGGACCGUAAACCAGAAUCUUCAACCAUGUUUCCGUGUCUUCUUUUGUUGCCAGCAUAUAUUUUCUGUACUUUUUCCAUGAAUGUAGCAGACAUGUUUAUCCACGAACAAACAUUAGAAGUGGAGAUAAAAUUGCUUUGUUUUUGUGUUGCUUAUUUGUUGCUACUUUACCAAAGCUUUUGUUUAUGGUGAUAGUAUGUGAAGUUAAAAUGUAGCACUUUUAUUUGAGAACUUUAUUGUGGUGGUGGGUCUAAGAUGAGUAAAAGAUGUGUUAAUGCCCUGAUUUCAUUUAUAAAUGCAGUUUGUGGAGAAUUUAUUUCAUUUUUCCAGCUGUGUGUGUGUGUGUGUGUGUGUGUGUGUGUGUGUGUGUGUGUAAACAAUUUUUGUCUUAAAGUACAUAACAUUAAAGGCAGUAAAAUAUUUUCUACUUCAGUAUAAACUGUAGCUUUUUGUUAGCACUGCACAUGUCAGUCAGUCUACAGUAUAAAUGUAGGGCUAUAUUGCACAUUUAGUUGCACAGUGGAAUUUUGAACCAUACAUUGUGAUUUAACCCACAUAUUCUGAACUUGAACUGAACCAACAAAUUGAUAGGGGGGGGAAUAUAUUAAACUGGUUUUCAUGUAGUCAAAGAACGUUUUGCCAUCUUUAUGCAGUUGUUUUUUCAAUUUGACAAAUUAGUUACUUUAUUGCCAGUGUUGGAAAUAGGUCUUAGUUUGAACUGUUUCAUUUCUUGUCAAGCAGCUUGUGCAAUACAUGAAGAGUUAAAACCAUACGUUCAAAGAUACUUACGUUGCUUCAUUAUUGUCUAAAUAUUUUCAAGUUGACUUCUUUGACACUCGAGUAUAAACUUCAGAUUUCCCAUCAAAAUCCACCAGGAAGCAUAGGUAAUCCCAUGUGGUACCUCAGAUUUAUUACUGCGCAAAUGUAAUAUAUAAAUGCUAGAGUUUUGCAUUUCAGAGCACUGAAAGGUCAGUGAUGAAAACUGCAUUUUGUAUCACAGUAUAUCUUCAAUGAGGAUAUUUUCCGAAUGUAAAUUUUGCCGUCUAUUUCUUUGCUUGCACAAGCCAUUGGACAGGGUAAAAUGUUGAGUUAAAAAGUUUACUUAAGUUAUUUUUUCCACUGCAGUUUACAUAGUAGGAUUAUUUCCUUUCCAGAUUUUGUUUUGUAUGUGGAAUAACUGACUUGAAAAAGACAUCCUGCCCCCAUCUUUUGAGCAGUAAAUUAAAGGAGUGAUCUAAUAAAAAAUAUGUACAGUGAA